GAUCCCAACCAAAAGACACGGAAUUUAAAGGAACUCUACAUAUUUUUCUUGCCAGUUUAAUGCCCGUGUCUGGGCUCUGGGCUCGUUGCUUUCAAAUAACAUUUCAAAUGCUUCCAACAACUUUAUUGGAAACAUGCCUUCCUUCCUGUCCUUGAAACCGUUUGCAAAGAAAAAGGACUCUGCGCGGGUCGCAGAAAACACUGAUCAUCAAGCACGCGUCUCCUCCUCCUCCUCGUUUGUCCAAACACAUCGACCCGACUCGUUCCGCACAAAUAGCGUCCCUCCAGUUUCUAGCCGCUCUUCCAUUUCCUCCCGCUAUUCCUCAACCUCCUCGAUAUCCAGCUCUGCCCGACCUCUGGCCCUCCACUUGGCUAUCGCGGACAGUGAACCGCAUCCUCUUAUCCCAAACACAUCCAUAGUGUCCUUGCCACCCCUAGCGACAAAACUCAAUGGCACAAUUACAGUCGUCAACAACCAAAACUCUCCUUGUGCAGCAUCGCGGCUCGUGGUGGUGCUGCUUAGCGGGCAGGGUAUCGUAAAGGAUGUCAGAACCGUGCGAGACCCAGAGAGCCCAGCAGCGGGAGAUAUCCAUGCCAGGCCACUUGGAAGAAACGUUGCAGUCGUCUGCGCAGACUUGAAAGCCAUUGCGCCGGGAAGCAAAACAUUUGCCUUUUCCCUUCCCUUUCCCAAGAGUCUACCUCCCACCGUCCACAUCGACGCUCCAAACCAAGAAAACAGCAUUACGCACCUCCUAUUUGCCUGUCUCAGAGGUUCUCAGCGUACUAGCCCAGUACUAGUAGAGUGCAUGGAAGUAUUUGCUAGACGACGCCACAACAGGGUUGAGCCAAUCGACAAAAAGGUGGAUGGUUGCGCAGAUAAUGGCCCGAUCAACUAUGUGGCAAGGUUCCCCUCUCCGGCAUAUUACACGGACGACGCAAUACCUGGAAAUAUUUCGCUGUACCCAGCCGACAGCAUCGCUAUUGUCAAGGUUGAAGCUACCUGGUUCGAAGUAUAUACAUUCCGCAAAUCAGAAUCCGAAGGAACAUCAGUCUAUCGGGAGCAACUGGGCGAUACAUGUUUACUUGAUUACAAUUCUUCUUGCAGCCCCAUUGAGUUUUCAUGGCCAGACACGUACGCCCAACCCUACAGCGACUCUGGCUCUUGCGUUGCAAUCAAUCACGAGAUUUCAUUCUCCAUUACAUACAGUCCCGCUUACACGCCUGCAGACGGUAGAGAAACCACCCAGACAGCGACCAUCUGGCUUCCGGUCAAAUUGCAGAUUCCCCAUUCACCUGCUGCGAGUGGAAGAAACGGUAGUAGUGACAUGCAUCCACAGAGAGCAAUUCGAGAUCGUGGAUCUACGGGAGAGCACGGUGGUAUGGUUGCGCCUGCAGCCGAAAAAAGGGGAAGCGGACGAAGUAGCAUUUUCGGAAAGACCCGCUCCGUAUCUUCUCUAGAAACCGUGAUACCGACCCCACCUAAACCUGCUCAAACAGUCGAGUCCGCUCCUCCUGACCAGUCAUCUCGAAAGCAUACUGUGCGCCGCUUUGCUCGCCAACCAACCGCGGCGCACGCACAACCAGAACCCACUUACCGCCAAGGAAGAGCCAUGUAUGAUUAUGUGCCUGCACAGUCCGACGAACUUUGUAUUUCGGAAGGAGACAUUAUAUCAGUACUUGAAUCUUGGCCAGACGGCUGGGGAUUUGGACACUCGCUGACAACGUUAGCACAGGGGGCAUUUCCGUUGGGUAUUUUGGAUAGUCCUGGCAGUACACCUGUGAAUCCUGAUGUGCUUCCUACCACUCCUACGUCCCCACAAUGCACAUCGCCUCUUCUUACAGAUACUGUCGCCGAGGUGACUUCAGGUCUCAUGGGACUCAGACUUGCUGCGUCGCCUGAACCUCAUGGCAUUGACCGAACAAAUAUGAUCGACGGCUUCGAACAAGACCUCCCCCGGCCAUCGCGCAUCGACUCGCUUCGAGGGCCACACUGUCUUCCCAGUAAUGGAGGACAGCAGCGGCAGUUGCCUGUUUCUGACAGGAUUCCCGCGCGAAACACUGCUGGCGUUCCCGUUAAUUCCGUCGCUAGACAUCCGCACGCGCAGAUUCCAAGACGCGCAGUCACAACUCCAACCUUUGGCAUUUCCAGUGCUGGGGCGAAUACUUACGCCGGCCCCGGAGUUCGGAGCCCGUCUACUGGAUAUGAUCCUGGAGUAUCUCCCAGCCAAAGUACCUUUGUACCUACAUCUCUGGCAGCGCCGCAUCUUCCUCCCACUAAUUUAGCAGCCCCGCAUCUGCCACCUUAUUCGAUGAAUCCGACGGCUGCCAAGUCGCUUUCGUUCUUGCCAUCCUCACCUACAUCCAUUGCAUCGGCGCCGUCGUCAAUGACCGAACUUGAUGCCCUGCUGGCGCAAAAUAUUAUUUCGGGUCCAGAGUAUCUGAAAAUGCGUGAAAGGCUGCUAGAGCUGAAGAGGCUCGAUGAUUUGCUGGCGCAAAAUGGUAUCAGUGGGGUUGAGUAUCUGGAAAGGAGGCGUCGUGUUAUGGAGAAUUAGCACAACCGUUUUAUAGAAGACGGAUCUAUUGAUAUGUGUAAUGGUCUGUCCAAUGAACUGUAUAUUUAGAUGUGAAUCCGUAGUCACUAUAGAUUUUGGUAAUGUACUCAGGCGCAAUGCAAUCCGUCGAGGUUUUCUAUAUGGUUGACCUUUAAUCUGGCUUGCUGAUUGCCA